AUGAGAAAUCAAACAACACUAACAACCUUUAUCUUGCUGGGACUGACAGAUGACCCUAGGCUGCAAAUUCUGAUUUUUAUCUUUCUAUUUCUUUCCUACAUGUUAAGUGUAACUGGAAACCUAACCAUCAUCACCCUCACUCUGGUGGAUCCCCACCUUAAAACACCAAUGUAUCUUUUCCUCCAAAAUUUCUCCUUCUUAGAAAUUUCAUUCACGACUGCUUGUGUUCCCAGAUUCUUGUAUAGCAUAUCUUCUGGGGACAGGUCCAUCACCUAUGGUGCUUGCGCUAGUCAACUCUUAUUUAUAGACGUCUUUGCAGUAACAGAAUUCUUUCUCCUGGCCACCAUGUCGUAUGAUCGCUAUGUGGCCAUCUGCAAACCACUGCAUUACACGACUAUUAUGAGCAGCAGAGUGUGCAAGAACUUCAUCCUCUUUUGUUGGGCAGCAGCAUUGAUGAUCAUUCUCCCACCAAUUAGUCUGGGUUUGGACCUGGAAUUCUGUGACUCUAAUGUCAUUGAUCAUUUUUGCUGUGAUGCAUCUCCUAUCCUGAAGAUCUCUUGCUCUGACACAUGGCUGGUAGAACAGAUGGUUAUUGUGUGUGCUGUGUUGACAUUCAUCAUCACCUUCAUGGGUGUAGUUCUUUCCUACAUCUAUAUCAUCAGGACAGUCCUAAGGUUCCCCUUUGCCCAGCAAAAGAAAAAGGCAUUUUCCACUUGUUCUUCCCAUAUGAUUGUUGUUUCCAUUGCUUACAGUAGCUGCAUCUUCAUUUAUGUCAAACCUUCAGCCAAGGAUGAGGUGGCAAUUAAUAAAGGGAUUUCACUCCUUAUUACUUCUAUUUCACCAAUGUUGAAUCCUUUUGUUUACACACUGAGAAACAAGCAAGUGAAGCAAGCUUUCAAUGACUCAAUUAAAAAUUGCAUUCCUCUCAAAGAUGUAAAAGGAAGUUGA